GGAGGUUGGCCGCUGGGAGGAGGUGGCGCUGGCGACCAUCAGUCGUGUUUGUUUACUACAGAUGUUGGGCGUCUGGCGGCCCGUCUGCCUCCACCCCACCUAGAAUAGUGAUGGUCCCGCCCUCCACACUCAACAUGCACUAACUAUGGAUGCGCCAGGGAAGUCUGCAUGUAAUGUGGGUGAGGGGGAGUUGACAAGCUCUGAAGGUAUACCUGCUGUGGCUGAUACAUCAUCAUCAGGAGCGAGGGAGAGAAACUCGGAGCAAGGGCCAGAAAAUGUUGUGUGUGUGUCUGCUGGUACUCAGGACCCAGUUUGUGUGUCCCCCAAAGUGCCUUCUGAAACUUCCCAUACCUCCUUAACUUCAUCACAAAUGGAGCAGGAGGAGAGAAACUUAGGAAAUUUAACCAUAGUGCCAACUGUAGAGGACAUUCCUGAAAAACAAAGUGCAGUAGGUUUACCAGAUCUUCUUGUUGAGAGUUUUGGGAGUGAAUUGAAAAAUGAGUCGAUUGCCUCCAGUGGAAACCAUGAACGAAUAAGCUCGGAACUAGUGGAGCAACUUAGUGUGAAUCUUGAUAAAGGUGAUAACAAAGGGAAAGACUGUAGUGAUGUUUGUGGCUGGAUAUCACAGGGAGAAUCGGUGCUGCCUUCCAUGGGUAUUCUUCCUGAAGCUGAGGAGAUCCCUACUAAGGCCUCCCAGCCCCAAAUAUCACAACCAACAGUCUCGUCGGCAGUUGCAGGUGUUCAAAGUGCAGAAAAGCGCAGUCCUGAUCCACAACCUGUUGACCCUUCUGAUGUGGUGCACAAGAUAAAGAAAAUAAAGUGGCAGGACAUUGAGGUGCCCAUCAUCACACAAAACAAUAAUGGUCCAUGUCCUCUUAUUGCAAUUGUUAAUGUUAUGAUUCUCAAGGGUCAGAUCACACUCCCAUCUGACCGAACAGAAAUCACUGGGGGAGAGUUGGUUCUAGUUGUUGGAAACGCACUAUUUGAUCUGCCAAGAAAAUCUCUGCCCUCGGAGAUGAGACGCCAUGUUGAACAAAACACUGAAGAUGCUAUCAGUAUACUUCACAAGUUGCUUACUGGUCUUGAUGUUAAUGUUAAGUUUUCAGGAGUUCGGGACUUUGAAUUUACGGGCGAGUUGUGUGUGUUUGACUUGCUGGGCAUUAUGCUGUACCAUGGAUGGGUGAUAGAUACUUCCAGUGAGGCUGCUGCUAUUAUUCAAGAUCUAUCCUACAACCAGCUGACCAACAACAUCUUCGCUUGGCGAGAAGAAGCUAUCAGAACUAACAACAAUGAUUUGCUUGUAAAAGCAAUGUUGUGUGAGGAAUUUAUGACCAACAGUGGAUCCCAACUGACAAUCCAUGGACUGUUUGAACUGGGUUCUGCUCUAGCAUGUGAGGAAAUAGCUGUUCUCUUCCGUAAUAACCACUUUUCCACUAUAUAUAAAAGAGGGGAUCAACUAUACCAGCUGCUAACUGACCAAGGCUUCCUGCAUGAGAAUAUGGUGUGGGAAACGCUUAAUGAUGUGGAUGCCACUUUCUCAGAGUUUGUAAAUGGAAAUUUUGAGCCUAUUCCUCCAGCCCCAGAACCAUCAUCAUCAUCAACUAAUGGUGCUCAGAAUAUGACCAUGCAACAACAGAUUAGUUCAGAUCAACAGUUGGCAGCGAUGCUUCAGCAUGAAGUGGAUUUACAACAGCAGCAGCAACAAUCGUUUGAGCGUUUGAAGGACUCGCUUGGCCUACAUAAUAUGUCCGAUGAGGAAAUAGCUAAAAAGUUGCAAGAGGAAGAAAACCGGUUAGCAGCCGAGGCAGAGGCUGAAGCUAAUGCACCACAACAGACAACUGAUUCUCCACCACCACAGACUCACCAUUCACCCCAGCACCCACCGCAUACACAAGAGGAGAAAAAGAAAAAGGAGUGUGUGAUUCUCUAAGGAUUCUGCAAGCUGUCACGAACUAAAGUUGAAUCUUUCAGAGCCUUGAGUUGUAACCAUGGUUUCUGAAAAUGACUAGAAAUAAAUAAAUCGGGUUUUAAAAAUUCCUUUUCAAAAGGGAUUUGAAUAGUGUCUCUCCUUCCUAGUCUAAUUUUAUAUUUAAACAUUUGUUGUCUAAAAUAAAGGAGCACCGGAACUCCUUUUUAUUUAUAUACACUGCAGUAAAAAUAUUUAAGAAUUAUUUUGUGCUGUGUAUAACUGGUAGCUCCUUACUGAGGAGGGAGAUAUGUGAUUAACUUGUAAAUAUGCAGAAUAUCCAUAAAAGGAAGGUUCCAAGGUGAAGUGUUCGAGUUCUUCCUUGCCUGGCUAUCAUUAUUCAUUUCCCCCCUACCGUAUAUAUUGGCAUUUUCCCUUUUCACAAGUUGAAUUUAAAAUUUGACUUGAUUAGCCAACUCGCUUCUGGUUUUAUACUUUGGUCUUAUUAAUUUCUUCUUUAUCCCAGCUUGGAGCCUUCUUUUGAUGAUUGUUUUUGUUCCCCCCUCCCACCACCCUCCUGUUUUACUACUAUUUUACUCAUUUCAUGUUGUUCAUAUAUUAUCGGCUAUCUUUGUUGCCCCCUUGAUUUAUUCUUAUAUUUUCUUGAUCACCUUACUACUAUGCUACAUUCUUUAUUUUUAUUGCUAUUUCUCACCUUGAAAAUUAAUAAUUAGUAUAUUUUGUAAAUUACAAUCCUAUAUAUAUAUUUUAGCUUUUAUAUUUUUUAAGUGGUUGGUUAGUUUUCCCAGUUGGAAGAUGCAUAUUCCAGAGCGGAACUUUGUGGUGGUGGUUCUCGUAGCUAAUGAGGCGCCAUUAAAUAUAAGAAAUGGUUGA